ACUAUAGAGAACACUUUUUCAAUACAAAAAAACCGGUUGCAACGUGACAAUGUCGGUUGGGCGGAACCAGUUCGUCUUUGGCAUCCAGAACCGUGUGAUACAGUCUCGAUUGUUGGAAGUGCGCGACUUAACCUUGACAAAGGCAAAGGAGAUCGCAUUCGGAAUGGAAAUGACUCAUCGUGGAACCGAUGAAAUGCACAACUCACGUAAAAAAAGUGAGGUUCAGUACAUCGAGCAUGGAGCAAACAAAACUAAAAAAUGUUUCCAGUCAUCGAGCCAAGCCAGUUCCAGUCAAAGUUUUGGUCGCCUGUCGAACAAGCAGAAUGCUGGAAAUAAACGAUGUUAUCGUUGCGGGGAUCCUGACCACUACGCAGACAAAUGCAAACAUAAAGCUACGAUCUGCAAAUACUGCAAGAAAGCGGGGCACCUUGAGAGGAUGUGUCUCACCAAGACCAACGAGAAGGGGACGGAUGACGCACAUCACCUGGAGGAGCAGCCGUGUGUUAUGAAGGAUGUGUUACACCUGAACGCGAUCCAAGGUAUUGCUGGGUCAGCGGACUUGCCGGUGGACCAAAGGUUGCGUCGUUCUCUGCGGACCAUCAAGCCUUCGCAAAGGCUCAACCUAUAACAACAACGAAUCUAUUUUGCGCGGAAGAGCUGUUAUAUCUGAGCUACACUUCUGGCAGCACUGGAGCUGUCAUACGCUAUUCCCCAUACACACCGUGGUAUGAACAACUAUCUUCUAUACACAUCGUGGUAUGAAUAGCUAGAUUCUAUAUACACUGCGAUCGCUUCCUCCUACCGUUCUACGACACUUGAAGAAGAGAAGCCGAACUACUCGUAUAUAUUUAGAUAUAGAACAGUUGUACGCUUUACUUCAUUGCGGUUCCGCUUCACAUACAACAAGUACGUUACUAGAAUAAGUGAACGGACAUCCAAACACAACACACACUCUACUAGCAGUCAUGGAUGACCGAUGUUUAAGGAAUCAUUUCUAUCAUUUUAUCUGCCAUCUCCGCCAGCUUUGAAAGACUUCCAUCGUGGAUGCUAAGU